CGUCAACACUAAGCGGCCGACGUACACUAGCUCUUCAUGCUUCUGCUGAUUUUGAUUAAGAAAAUCUGCUGGGCUCGAUGUUUGCCGAUCAAUCGGUGUCGCUGUUCUCGAGGAAAAGACACUUGACAGUGAUCCUGUGAGAAACGUGGACAGAUGCUUUUUAGAUUUUCUGCUGGUGAGGAUGUUCGAACUGCAGGGAUCCUUUCUGCCAUGUGACGUCUUGACUCAAGGACUGGACAUCUAACUGGGUCUCCUGACUUGCACCUGGGCUGUGGUAGCCCCGCCCCAUGCCUGUAAUCCCCAUACCGCGUCGGGCGCGCAGUUUCCAUGGCCCCCACACCACCUGCAUGCACUCGGCCACGGGGUCGGCUCACUCCAACAGGCUGGAGCGUACCAAGUAUGACAACUUUGAUCUGUACCUGCGCUCCCGCUGCAUGUACAGCUUCCUGCGCUUCCUGCUGUUCUUCGGCUGCAGCCUGCUGACCUCCCUCCUUUGGGUGGCGCUGUCCACGCUCUUCUUCCUGCAGUACUUCUUUGUGCGCGUCCUGCUGCGGUUGCAGUACAAGCUGUCAGUCAUCCUGCUGCUGCUGGGACACCGCCGUCUGGACUUUGGUGUGGUUAGCGAACUGCUCAUCUACAGUAUGAAGAUCACCAUGUUCCUGGUGGGGGGCUUGGGCUCUUGCUUGAUGAUCUUUGUCGACAUGUAGUGAUGUUUUUCUACUUUGUCUGUGUGUGGAUGUGUAUAAGACAUGAGGAAACAGUGUCAGAGAGUGUGUGUUAAAGGUAUGAAUGUAUGCCAGUGUUCUCAUGUGCCUGUUUUUUCUGUUGGAAAAUGGAGAGUUGGUGCAUAUGUAAGUGGACACACCCAAUCGUCUAAGUGCAUGUGUGGAAGAAGUGCGACACCAUUGCAAGUCUGUCUGAGAGCACACUGAUGAAGCCCAUACGGAUGUGUGCGUUGUUUAGAAUGAUUCCUGUCAAGUGAUGUUAACCAGACCUGUCACGUUUUGUACUCCUCUACGGUCUUACUCUUGUAUCGUACUGCAAUUUUGUAACCCAACGCACUGUUAAAAACAUCUUGAGAGGAAUGUGAUAUCCGAGAAAUAAAAGU